ACCGCCCUAACUUGGUACACUCACUAACGACGAACAUCAUCAUCUGCAACAUGGUGUUUCUUGUGAGUCAACUGCGUCACGACUAGACGCGCAUGAGCGAAAAUCUUUGAGGUGCUAACUGCUUUCCAUGACUUCUCCACUACAGCCAGCAAACGAUUUCGACUCGUCCGACGAGGAGGAGGGAGAAGGAGAUCAAGAAAAGCUCGACAUUAGCUGGAUCUCAUUGCCGGGAUGUGAACAGGAAGGCAGGAGUCUCGCUAUAUCACCUCUACCAGGAUUUCGAUUUGGUGAGAGGAAGGGAAGUGUGGCAGCUGAUGUCGAAGAUAUAAUGAGAUCGGGUGUGGACAACGUCUUUGUUUUGUGCACAUCACGUGAGCUACAGAGAUAUGGAGUUCCUAGUUUGUUACACGAAUUUAGUGCUGCUGGUUUGUGUGUGAAUCAUCAUCCGAUUGAAGACGGGAGCGUUCCGUCGACCGAAGAAUGUGGUCAGUUGCUACAACAGUUGAUGAAGUCGUUGACACAAUACAAACAAGUUUUAAUUCAUUGUUUCAAUGGCUUGGGUAGAUCAUGUCUGGUGGUUGCCCUGCUGAUUAUGCUGCUAGAUGACAGUGUGACUGGCGAUGAUGUAUUAGAGAAAGUACGAAGCAUCAAAGGUCCAGGAGCUGUGCAGACAGUUAGACAAUACAACAUGAUUCAAGAGUUUAGAAAGAUAAUUGAAGAAAAUCCUGAAUUAUUUUCUGGCAUUUCUUCUCCGCUCUCAUCUCCAGUACGAGCAGAAUCAAGAUGACUGAUGUAAUGACCGACUCGUUAAUAUGUUGUUUGCAUUCAUUCUGUGAGCAGUAGACAAAUGUGUUCACUUCUUAGUUGGUUGUUAGUUUUUAAGAUGGUAGAGGUUUUAUAGUUUCAUCUUAACUACGAUUGUUCUAGAAUUUCCCCGCUUGAUAUAAACCAUAAAACUGUUGAAGAUUAUAGACGGAUGAUAGUUGGUUGUUACCAAUUGGUAGAGUGUCUUUUCAAUUUGUGUGUGUGUGUGUACAUGUAUAUUGUAACUUACUACAAAUUUAUUAAUUUGAUUUUUUGGUUGAUG